AUGUCUCAUCCGUCCAACAUGGCAUCGGCCCUCCUCCCGCCGCUCCCAAACGAGGUCCUCUCGCAUGUCGUCUCCUUCCUCGACACCCGGUCGUGCACGCGCCUCAUGCAGGUCAACUCGGCGUUCAACGAGCUGGCAGUCAAGAAGGCCUACUCGCGCCUUUGGCUCUACAAGAGCGGCCAUACUGCGCUUCCCCUUCAAGGUCGUGCAGCAGCCCAUGCGGAGCAUCCCUUCCUAACGGGCUCCUCGGCUGCCCCCCCCCCCCCCCCGAACCUGCACACUCUCCGUCUCCGUCUUGGCACCGGCCCAUUCGAAGGGCACCUGCACCUACGCCCCAGCGACUGGCUUUGCGAAUCCCUGGCGAACCUCCGCCCUCGCGUGCUCGUGCUUCACAAUGCCUUCUUCUCCACCGAUGGGAAGAGCGUGCAAGUCUGGCCGGACAGGACGCUCAGCCACGGACUGAGGUCUUCCGUCGAGCGGCUGGUGCUUGUCCUCUCUCCCGGGGCCAGCGGACCGCGUUACAACUAUGAAUGCGACCUGUUGUACCUCAUCGAUGACUGCACCACCGACGUAACAUUUGUCAUGUUGUCGCAAGGCCAGGGAAACCACCGAACGCAGGGCGAGGUCCUCCGCUGGCUGCCCGAGAUAGCCGAACAACUCAGCGACUUUGAACAGCACUAUCGCGUGACCUUUGUCAACGCCGGAUGGGCGGAUCCCGAGCAAGCGAACGAUGAGAUGACCAACAUGACGGUGCACGGCAACAAGGACAAGCGCCCUGCGAUCAAGGCUAGGCAGCAGCAGAUUGAAAGCACGUUCCGCAAACAGGUGGCGCGCCACUGCCGCGAGUUCGAUUUUGACGCCGAGGCUAUUGCACGCCGCCAGGACCUGAUCCGCUUCAUCACGAUGGAGGAGCACCUCGCCGAGCCUGGAGUGCUGGACGUGUUCGACGCCGACGAGCUGGCGGGGUUGCGUUAA